UUAAGUUUAGAGGAAGACCAGCUUGAGCUCUGAGUUCUGUUUAUGGGUUUAAAAUGAGGAAAAGAAUCCUCAUGCGUAGAUCCCUCAGGGAAGGACUUACUGAAGGACACUGUUUAAAUGUGUGACACUGCAGGAAGAUCACACAGCAGGAUAAUCAUCUUGCUUUGCACCUUGUUUUUCUAAGGGAAGAUGAUCCUACUUAUCCUGGUUAUCUGAUGUUCUCUCAAUGACAAGCUGAAGCAGGAACAACUGAAAGCUAUUUCUGGAACUCUGGAUAUACAACUUAAAUUUGUAGGAACCUUUCCAGAAUGAAAACCGCAUACUGUUACCUUGAUAAUUGCAAAAGAAUGAGAGAAAAGUUAUGAUGGCAAAAAACAAAGAGCCACGUCCCCCAUCUUAUGCUGUUAGUGUUGUUGGACUGUCUGGAACUGAAAAGGAUAAAGGUAAUUGUGGAGUUGGAAAGUCGUGUUUGUGCAAUAGAUUCGUUCGUUCAAAAGCAGAUGAAUAUUAUCCUGAGCAUACCUCUGUGCUUAGCACAAUUGACUUUGGAGGAAGAGUUGUUAACAAUGAUCACUUUUUGUACUGGGGUGACGUAACACAAAGUGGUGAGGAUGGAAUUGAGUGCAGAAUUCAUGUAAUUGAACAGACUGAGUUCAUUGAUGAUCAGACUUUCUUGCCUCAUCGGAGUACGAAUUUACAACCGUAUAUAAAACGUGCAGCUGCCUCCAAACUGCAGUCAGCAGAAAAACUAAUGUACAUUUGCACAGAUCAGCUAGGCUUGGAGCAAGACUUUGAGCAAAAACAAAUGCCUGAAGGGAAAUUAAGCAUAGAUGGGUUUUUAUUGUGCAUUGAUGUAAGCCAAGGAUGCAAUAGGAAGUUUGAUGAUCAACUUAAAUUUGUGAAUAAUCUCUAUAUCCAGCUCUCAAAAUCUAAAAAACCCAUAAUAAUAGCAGCAACAAAAUGUGAUGAAUGUGUGGAUCAUUAUCUGCGAGAAGUUCAGGCUUUUGCUUCAAAUAAGAAGAACCUUGUGGUAGUGGAAACAUCGGCAAGAUUCAAUGUCAACGUCGAAACAUGUUUUACUGCACUGGUACAGAUGAUGGAUAAAACUCGUGGUAAACCUAAAAUAAUCCCCUAUCUGGAUGCCUAUAAAACUCAAAGACAAUUAGUUGUUACAGCAACAGAUAAGUUUGAAAAACUUGUCCAAACUGUGAGAGACUAUCAUGCGACUUGGAAAACUGUUAGUAAUAAACUGAAAAACCACCCUGAUUAUGAAGAAUACAUAAAUUUGGAAGGAACAAAAAAGGCCAAAAAUACGUUUUCAAAACACAUAGAGCAGCUUAAACAGGAACACAUUAGAAAAAGAAAAGAAGAAUACAUUAAUGCAUUGCCAAGAGCUCUUAAUACUCUUCUGUCAAAUCUUGAUGAGAUUGAACACUUGAGCUGGUCAGAAGCCUUGAAGUUAAUGGAGAAAAGGCCUGAUUUCCAGUCCUGUUUUGUAGUGCUUGAAAAAACACCCUGGGAUGAAACUGACCAUAUAGAUAAAGUGAACGACAGAAGGAUUCCAUUUGACCUUCUGACUACACUAGAGGCAGAAAAAGUUUAUCAAAACCAUGUGCAGCAUCUUAUAUCUGAAAAAAGGAGGGUUGAAAUGAAGGAGAAAUUCAAAAAAACGCUUGAGAAAAUCCAGUUCAUUUCACCUGGGCAGCCAUGGGAAGAAGUUAUAUGUUUUGUGGUGGAGGAUGAAGCAUUCAAAUACAUCACUGAUGCAGAUAGCAAGGAAGUGUAUGGUAGGCAUCAGAGGGAGAUUGUUGAAAAAGCCAAAGAGGAAUUUCAGGAAAUGCUUUUUGAACAUUCAGAAUUGUUUUAUGACCUGGAUCUUAAUGCAACGCCAAGUUCAGAUAAAAUGAGUGAAAUUCAUGCAGUUCUGAGUGAAGAACCUAGAUACAAAGCUUUACAGAAACUUGCACCUGAUAGAGAAUCUCUUCUGCUUAAACACAUAGGAUUUGUUUAUCACCCAACUAAAGAAACUUGUCUUAGUGGCCAAAACUGCACGGACAUUAAAGUAGAACAGUUACUUGCCAACAGUCUUCUGCAACUGGACCAUGGCCGCUCGAAUUUAUACCAUGAUAGUGCCAACAUUGAUAAAGUCAAUCUUUUCAUUUUGGGCAAAGAUGGCCUCGCACAAGAAUUGGCAAAUGAAAUUCGGACACAAUCCACUGAUGAUGAGUAUGCGUUAGAUGGAAAAAUAUAUGAACUAGAUCUUAGGCCAGUUGAUGCAAAGUCCCCAUACCUGUUGACUCAGCUGUGGACCUCAACCUUUAAACCACACGGUUGUUUCUGUGUGUUUAACUCUAUUGAAUCACUGAAUUUUAUUGGGGAGUGCAUUGCAAAAAUAAGGGCUGAAGCAUCUCAGAUAAGGAGAGACAAGUAUAUGGCUAAUCUUCCAUUUACAUUAAUACUGGCUAACCAGAGGGACAGUGUUAGCAAAAACCUACCUAUUCUGAGACAUCAGGGACAGCAGUUGGCCAACAAAUUACAGUGUCCUUUUGUAGAUGUGCCUGCUGGUACAUAUCCACGCAAAUUUAAUGAAACCCAAGUAAAACAAGCUCUGAGGGGAGUGCUGGAAGCAGUUAAACACAAUUUUGAUGUUGUAAGUCCAGUUCCCACCAUUAAAGAUCUGUCAGAAGCGGACUUACGAAUCGUCAUGUGUGCCAUGUGUGGUGAUCCGUUUAGUGUGGAUCUUAUUCUUUCACCCUUCCUUGACUCUCACUCUUGUAGUGCUGCUCAAGCUGGCCAAAAUAAUUCUUUGAUGCUUGAUAAAAUAAUAGGUGAAAAGAGACGUCGAAUACAAAUAACUAUAUUGUCGUAUCAUUCUUCAAUUGGUGUAAGGAAAGAUGAACUUGUUCAUGGUUAUAUACUGGUCUAUUCUGCAAAGCGGAAGGCGUCCAUGGGAAUGCUUCGGGCAUUUCUUUCUGAAGUUCAGGAUACGAUUCCUGUCCAGUUAGUGGCUGUUACUGAUAGCCAGGCAGACUUCUUUGAGAAUGAAGCAAUCAAGGAACUCAUGACUGAAGGAGAACACAUAGCAACAGAGAUUACUGCUAAGUUUACAGCUUUAUAUUCAUUAUCUCAAUAUCAUCGUCAAACUGAGGUUUUCACGUUGUUCUUCAGUGAUGUGUUAGAGAAGAAAAACAUGAUUGAAAGUUCUUAUAUGUCAGACAGCACAAGGGAAACAACGCAUACAAGUGAAGAUGUUUUUCCAAGAUCUCCCAGAGGAAGUUCCCUUGACUAUAAUUACCCAGACUCAGAGGACGAUACUGAAGGACCACCACCUUACAGUCCAAUUGGUGAUGAUGUAAGGUUACUCCCAGCACCUAGUGACCGUUCAAAGUACCGACUGGAUUUGGAAGGAAAUGAGUAUCCUAUUCACAGUACACCACUCAACUGUCAUGACCAUGAACGCAACCAUAAAGUGCCUCCUCCAAUAAAACCGAAACCACUUGUUCCAAGAACAAAUGUGAAAAAACUGGAUCCUAACCUCCUGAAAACAAUUGAGGCAGGUAUUGGCAAAAACCCCAGGAAACAACCUUCUCGAGUUCCUGCAGCACCACCAGAAGAUAUAGACCAAUCUGACAACUAUGCUGAACCUAUUGACACUAUUUUCAAACAUAAAGGCUUUGCAGAUGAAAUCUAUGCGGUUCCAGAUGAUAGUCAGAAUCGUAUUAUUAAAGUUCGAAACUCAAUUGUUAUAAAUACCCAAGGUGAGGAAGAAAAUGGGUUUUCUGAUAGAAUAUCCAAAAAUCAUGGGGAAAGACGGCCUUCAAAAUACAAAUAUAAGUCUAAGACUCUGUUCAGCAAAGCUAAGUCUUACUAUAGAAGAACACAUUCGGAUGCAAGUGAUGAUGAGGCUUUCACCACUUCUAAAACUAAAAGAAAAGGAAGGCAUCGUGGAAGUGAGGAAGACCCACUUCUUUCACCCGUUGAAACAUGGAAGGGUGGCAUAGAUAACCCUGCUAUUACAUCAGAUCAAGAAUUGGAUGAUAAAAAAAUGAAAAAGAAAACCCAGAAAGUAAAAGAAGAUAAGAAGCCAAAAAAGAAAACUAAGACAUUCAAUCCUCCAAUCCGUAGAAACUGGGAAAGUAAUUACUUUGGGAUGCCCCUACAGGAUCUUGUUACACCUGAGAAACCGAUACCUCUGUUUGUUGAAAAAUGUGUGCAAUUCAUUGAAGAUACAGGAUUAUGUACUGAAGGCCUGUACCGUGUUAGUGGGAAUAAAACAGAUCAAGACAACAUUCAGAAACAGUUUGAUCAAGAUCAUAAUAUCAGUCUUGAGUCUAUGGGAGUAACAGUAAAUGCAGUGGCUGGGGCUCUUAAAGCUUUUUUUGCAGAUCUGCCAGACCCAUUAAUUCCUUACUCUUUGCAUCAAGAGUUGUUAGAAACAUCAAAAAUCAUGGAGAAGACGGAACGGCUACAUGAAUUAAAGGAAAUUGUGAAGAAAUUCCACCCAGUGAACUAUGAUGUCUUCAAAUAUGUAAUAACGCAUCUAAACAGGGUUAGUCAGCAAUAUAAAACCAACUUUAUGACUGCUGAUAACUUAUCGAUUUGUUUCUGGCCUACUUUGAUGAGACCUGAUUUUGAAAACAGAGAGUUUCUGUCUACCACCAAAAUCCACCAGUCAGUUAUAGAGACCUUCAUUCAGCAGUGUCAAUUUUUCUUUUACAACGGAGAGAUUGUAGAAGCACCGAACCCAGUGGCAUGUCAGCCACCACCUUCCAACGCAGUGCAGAUGGUGGAACCAAUGGUACCUCUUCAGUUACCACCACCACUGCAGCCUCAGCUGAUACAGUCACAAUUACCAGCAGACCCUCUUGGUAUUAUAUAAAUAGAAGAUGAUUGCAGGCAGCCUGGCACUGGACAGUAAAGACAAGCUAUAGACAUGCAUGUUUCAGGAUACAGUAAUGUACUUCAUAUUUAUGAAAAAUAAUUCCCAUCCAGCUGAUUGGACAUCUUUUUGUUAUAUCCCGUACUGUGUUUCUCAUUUGUACACACUGCAGAUAAAAACUAUGUGAUAAGCAUGACUGGAGAGGUUUAAUUUUUAAAAGCAAAAAUAGCUAUAAAGUACAAAGCUGCUGCUGCAUGAUACCUUAUUGCAAUCACUAUAUCAUUCCUGUGACGGUUUGUCACAAUAUAUUGUGAAUAAAAUUUUUCUAUAGAAAUUUAAUGAUUUAAAAAAUUACAUUUAUGAAACAUUCAAUGCUUACAGCCUGCUUUAUGGCUGUUUUUGUUAUUUAACAUGCUAUUUUUGGCAGUUUUAUUCACAUUCAAGCAUUCUGUGUAAACAACUAAACCCCAGCUAUAGUUUAUUUCAUAAUCUCCUGGCUACUUACGUGACGGUAUGCUUAGGAUGGUUUAUGGAAGAAUGCAAAAUGCACUGUUGAGAAUUUUACAGUCCCUCACCAUUCAUCUUUACUUGUAAGUAAACCUGUGGACAGUUUGUUAAGGGUGGGUGAAUUUGCUUAUUAUUUCUUACAGCACAAUACCAAGGACAUGCUUGUUGUAAAAGUGAGUUUCAAAUAUUGUACAAAAAUUUUGAUGUUGCCUACUUAUUUCUUUGUUUCAUUACUGAACUAAACAUUUUGUAAAACUGUUAAUUCUGUAAACAGCUGCAUGUUUAAAAGAUCAUUGAUGGUCUUGUAAACUUAAUCUAAUAUAUUUUAGAUAUUUUAAUUUUUCCCACUUGGGAAUACAUGUAGUGUUUAGAAAAUAGUUCAUGACAUUUUCAUAUAAGGUUAUAUAACUUUUCAUACAUAAACAUGAAUUUUGUUGUAGUAAAAUUCUCUAAACCAAACAAUGUUUUAAUCUAGGACUUCAAUUAAUCUAUUCUUUAAAUCUAUUUUUAUGUGACCCUUUAAAGAUAUACAAAAAUGCAUUGCUAAUACAUAGCAAUAAAUACUUUGGGUACUGACAAUUAACCUCUUUGGAGUGUGUAUAUAUAAAAUCACAUAAACUUGUAUUCAUAUUUUUUUUCCUGUGGUAUGUUGUACUAAAAAUUCAAAUGACUGAUUUUUUUUUUUACUAUGUUUUUAAAUUAUCUUUUUUUUUCAUUUAUUUUACUUUUACAUUGGUACCAAUUUUGCUGUAAAAGAAUGCUGCUUAAUUUAAACAAAUCUUUUGGUUAAAUAUUCUGUUAGUGGUAAAAAAAAAUUAGAAGGUUACAAAUUGUAGCAAAGGGGAGACCAUAGAUAAACACUACCUGUGAGACUUUACAUAGCAGCUUUUUUUCUUUCGUCAUCAAAAUGUACCUUUUUAGGUCUGCAGAAAAGAAAACAGUUUUGGCUCAUUCAGCUGCUAGAAUGUUUUGUGUAGUUUAAAAAAAGAGCUUUAUGAUGGUCACUGUUGUAAUCUUCACUUAUAACAAGAUUUAAGAUCGUCUUGUAUGUAUUAUAGUAAAUAGAUGAUUUUGAGAAUUAAGGCUUUUAAGAGUUUGAUUUGCUCCAUUUUCCCAAAAUAAAAAUUGCCUUUCCCACUUAUGUCCUAGGUAUUGUACUUCUAAUUAUGACUUGGAUUAUCAUUCUAGAUUACUAUGAUACCAUAAACCUGGCUGCUGUUUGAAGUACAUGUAUAUUAUAAAUUAUCUUGAUAUUGUGUUAUAUUCUUGCAAGUAAUUAUCUUUUCUAAGAAAACAUAAACAAAAAGGAAAAGUCAACCCUAUUCCUAUUGCAAAGCACACAGGAAUUAAUAGUACAAUAAAGUCUGUCCUGUAAAUUGUAGUAUUCUUAACUUGUUCUACUUUACCUGUUGUCUAUGUAGCUUUUAUUUAUAGCUGUCAGUCUAAUCUUGGCAUGUUUAGCAAAGAAAAUGAAACUUCAAGAGUUUUAUAAACUAUUUCUAGGUUGCUAAAGAAUUUAUUUUUCUACUGUAUAUGGUAUAGACAAAGCAUCACCUGUACAGGAAACAAGUCUAUUUCUAAUAGAAGUAAGCUUAAAAAUAAAUGCCAGUCAUAUCCGUAUUUAGAAGUUCUAUCUAUAAAGUAUCUCCAGUCUUUGUAAUGUGAAUUACAUUUUAAACUUUCUACAAAUUCCAAGUUGUUUGCCACAAUAUUUAACUAAUCUUUGAAUACUAAUUUUAGAUUAAUUUACAUUCCAUUUCAUGACGAACUUUCAUGUUGAACUUGUGUUCAGAAGUAUUUGAAGUAUCAUUCAUUUAUUUCUUGUGUAUAAUGUUAUGGCUAAAUCACUUCAUGAUUUUUUAAAAAUCUUAAUGCUUAUAUUUGGCCAAAUGUGAAAGUGUCAUUACAUUUACUGGAUAAAACAUAAAAAGAGAAAUAAUAAGAAAGCAUGGCAUGUGGUGCUUGAUUGUCACAUGCAAGAGUCCCUGCAUACUGUUUGCAUUUUAGAAGUGUUAUAUGCAGGAAUGUGGAUGUGUGUGUGUCCUAUAUACACUUGGAUAUUUUUGAUGUGUUUGUGUGUUUAUGUACACAAGCACAUGUGCACAGACUUGCAUGCACAUACACCCACAUAGUAAAGUUUUAAAAAGAUACUAUGAAAUUAUACCAUCGUUACUAAAGACUUUUAAUAGAGCUUUCUCUAUUAUUAUUUUUAUUAGCGCUAUAAAAUGAGGAAGCAUGUCAUUAUAAAUGUAUUCCUCAUACUUUGGCUCAUGUAGUCCCUUCUAGUUUUAAUGAAAAUUCAAACAAUUAAUAACUAUAUUUUUUAAUGUGAGCGUUUUUACAGUAAUAUCUAUCUUGAUAAAGAUACAAAUGUAUAUUAUUUUUGGUUGAGCAUCUCAGUGACACUUUAUCGAGUAGUUUGUCUUUUUUAUGUAAUGGUAUAGACACUGCGGUGUAUUGUCUUUCAAUGUUUCAGCAAUUUUAAAAUCCCAGACCUGAGUUACAAAAGUGCCAUUUUAGUAACACUUAACAGGUUACUUCAAAAUUCCUUACCCUCCAUGAUCUUGUGGAAUUUUAAUAUGUAUAGUGUAAACAGAUUGCAGAUGUCAAUUUAAGAAACUUUUUUGUUGUUGUAUGUUUUCUCCAUUAUUCGAAUCCUGGUUGCUAGGAAAUUAUAGAUAUGAUUAUUUUUAGUUGCUGGAGUUUAGCUUCCAGUAUUUAUGAUACAUAUAGAAAAACUAUCAAUUGGAGAUUAAAAAGAAUUGGCCUUAGUUUACGUGCUUAUUUCUUUUUUUUUUUUUUUAAGUAAUUGUGUUGCUGUUUGUCAACUGAAAAAGUUACACAUAUAAAAAACAUUAAGUCAAAAUUUUGUUCUUUGUUUAUAAUGUAAUCUUUUGUUGCUACAUCAGCAGAAUACUGCAGUGAAUUAAAUAUCAGUGAAGCUUAUUCUGUAUAAAAGAUGCAACAAAUAAAAUACUAAGAUGCUUACUGUGUAUAAUGUUCAGUUUAGUUGCCUGCUAAAUUUUUAAAGGCAAAAGCACCCUAUCUUUCACAUACCCAGAGAUGAAAUUUAGCAGUAAAUCUUACUAAACUGAGUGCAACAAGUGUUUAAGGCAUUCUGGGGGGGAGGGUGUCUCUCUUCUUGCAUUUGAUAAUGUGUUUUAAAUAGCUGAAUCUUGAAAGUGUUUCUCACAGUGGUAAAGACUCUUCUGUAGGUAAUGCACCCCCCCUGGAUGGAUACAUGAAUGCUCUAGGGAGCAGCCCUGGGAAGUGACAGUGUCAGAUGUUCUGUUUAACUCUGCAGUGCAUGUGAAUUCUGUGGCUCAUGUGACCUCUUACAUUUUUUUAUGAUUGAGCUGCUCAGCAAGAAAAGCUGUGAUUAUGGAAAUCAGUUUUUCAGAUUUCUACCAUGCUGAAGGAAUGGGUCUCUUAAAAAUAAUUUUCUUACAGGAUUUUUAAACCUGAAGUAAAAACUGUCUUGAGGUCAUCUCUAAAUUUUCAGAGUUGAACGUUACUGGUCAUAAUUCUGCUAACUAGAUGGGAUAAAUACAACUUUGAUAGUAGUAAUGCUUUUAGGUUUUGUGCAUGCAACAUCUAUGCUUAGUUUGUUUCUUCCAGAACAUCUUAAGUCAUAUGGCCGAUGCAGAAAUAACUGCAAAAAAUUCCUGACAGCAUUCAAGUCUGAACACUGUUCAGGUUUUUAUGAUAUGUCUUAACACUUGCAGAUACUGGAUCAUUUUACUCUGGAAUAGGAUGUGUUUUACCUAUAAUUUACUUAGUGUGCAGAUCUCAGUUUUUCAGAGUGCUGUAUCAGAAACCAUCUCUACAGAAUCUGAAGCGUAACACAGUGUUCAGACUCUACAGCAGACCACAGGUUUCUGGUGAAUAACUGUCCUGGAGAACCAAAGUGUAACAUUAGUGUUCACUUGUGUCAGAUUCAGUCCUUCAACUAACUCAUAGUUUCCAUGGAAUCAGAAGGGAUGCAUUUAAUCUGUCAUCAUGGCUAGUGAAAGCGAACACUUCCUUCCUUAUUGACAAAUUCUUUCCCAAGUAUGUAGACGGUGCAUGUUACGGCUGUUGCCCAUAUGCUUCUCAUCUUCCCUGUAAAAUACAAUGCUUGUGUGUUU